GGUAAUGCAGCGUGAGUACCUGUGGAGGUAAGCGGACAGACUGUCAGUCAUGAGCUGCCAGGCCUUCGGAGGAGGCGACUCCUUCGGCUCCCUGAGUGGGGACUCUGCCGCCCUGCCCCUGCUCAUGCAUCACACUGGAGCCGCCGACUGCCUGCCCGUCUCCAGCCAUGCUGGUGGCAUGGUGCCCCCAGUCCCCUCUGCUCUGCCCCUCGUCCAGUCGUCCAAACGCUCCCACAUGCAUCUAUCCACCUCUGCCCUCAGCAGCGCCUCCGCUGGCCUGCACUACUCGAUGCCCCCGUGUCACUAUAGCAACCAGCAGACCACCUACGGCAUGAUGGCAGAUAAAAGCAUAGGCUUUUUGUUCCCAGCACAGGAAAUGCUAUCAGCCAGCAUCUCUCAGACCCGCAUCUUGCAGACCUGCAGUGUGCCACAUGCCAACAUGGUGAAUGGAGCCAGCUCCCUGCCAGGUGCGCUGGCUCCUUGCCUGUAUAAGUUCCCUGAGCACAGUCUGGGCGGGGGCCCUCUGGCGCACACUUUCCCUCCGCUGCCCCAGGCCCUGUUCACAGACGAGCCCACGCUGGGGGACAUCAAGCAGGAGCUGCGCAGGAAAAGUCGCCCCCCGGAGGAACCGCCGGACAUGGACUCACCACAGAUCCGCGAGCUGGAGAAGUUUGCCAAUGACUUCAAACUGAGGAGGAUCAAACUGGGUUACACUCAGACUAAUGUUGGAGAGGCGCUGGCAGCUGUGCAUGGCUCCGAGUUCAGUCAGACCACCAUCUGUCGCUUUGAAAACCUACAGCUCAGUUUCAAAAAUGCUUGCAAGCUCAAAUCUAUUCUGGCCAAGUGGCUUGAGGAAGCAGAGCAGGCCGGGGCUCUAUUCAAUGACAAAAUGGGAAUGCAAGAACGCAAACGGAAGCGAAGAACAACCAUUAGUCUGGGGGCAAAGGAGGCGCUGGAGAGAAACUUCGUUGAGAAGAGUAAGCCGUCAUCGCAGGAAAUUGUGCGCAUGGCGGAGGGUCUCCACCUGGAGAAAGAGGUGGUGCGUGUUUGGUUCUGCAACCGCAGGCAGAGGGAGAAGCGGGUCAAGACCAGCCUUCACCACAGUUCACUCAUCACCAAAGACACUCCCACCUGCAGGUAGAGCCGCUGGAAGUCCUUAUGCUAUUAAAACACUCUGUUCAGGUUCUGGUAGCUUUUUGCCACUUAAAACCACAAAGUAACUUGGCGUUAGUCGAAGAGGCAGACACUCUUGUGUAUGGAGUGGAGUAUCUUGAGGUUCAGAUAGUCCUGUUUCCCAUGCAGUACUCUUUGUAUAUUUGGAAGUAACUGAUACAAAGAAUACGUGCAAAAUUGAAAUUAUGUUAAUAAUAUACAGUUGGACUAUGUUGGAGUUUUUGUUAAAUACUUAUUCUGAGUCUUAUACAGUAUGUAUAGUACUCUGCAAAAUCAUUUUAAAGAGAUUAUUCCUCCAAGUGCCUGAAAAAUAAGUUUGAUGUAAUGAGUUAUUUAAAUUAAUAUAUUCAGGUCAGAUUUUUACAAUAAAAUUUAAACUUAAUAUAUUGAGUCAAGAUGCAGAAUAAAGCAUUAUUAUGAAGUGCUGUUUCUCCACUGUAAUGUGUAUUCAUUACACUAUAACUAAUCCUACUUCUCUUAAAACCCCAAAUAAACACAAAAUAAAUCUAAAAGCACACUGGUGAUAUUGUCCUCUGUAAUGACAAAACUGAAAUAAAUGAAUGCAUGAUAA